ACGAUGUGCUGUCCCAGCCCUGCUUUACCUGCCGGGGCAGCGGGGGCGGUGCGGGGCCGUGCCCGCCCCCGGCCCGAGCCCCGGGGGAGGCCGGCAGCUGUCGGCGGGUGGGAGGCGUCUGCAGCUGGAAAACAGCAGCUCCGGUUGCCGAUCGGAUUUGGGGGUGGGGUGGGAGGUGUGUGUGGGAAAAGCCAAGCGAUGGAUCUUCCCUUCUUUUGACAACACUCUCCCCUUCAGGACUAAGUCUGCACUGGAGGAAAAUAACUGCGAGGGAGAAGUGCUGAUCACACCUCCGUGUGGGAACUAACUCACUCCCGGGAGCAGCGUGUGCCGCCAGCCCCAGGAUAUUCCCUGCCUCCAACCUGAAGUGAUUCCUCCUGGAACGGUUCAGUCGCGCCUGCAGUUCACCUUUGCCUGCAGUUAACCGGCGUGCAAUUUGGGUUUAAUGGAGCUGGGUUUAUUGUUCCUCUUUGGACUUACGAUUACGUCGACUGCAGGGUCCGCGCUGCCCCGGCCCCGCUCCGCGCUGCCGGCGGCCGGCCCGGGACACCGCGAACGCGACGAGAGCGGAGCGGCGGCGGCCGCGGGCGGCAGGGCCAGGGCGGACGGCGGAGCGCUGAGGCACCGCGCCCGGCGCUGCACUUGCUACACCUACAAGGACAAGGAGUGCGUGUACUACUGCCACCUCGACAUCAUCUGGAUCAACACCCCCGAGAGGACUGUGCCAUAUGGACUGUCCAACUACAGAGGCAGCUUUAGAGGCAAGAGGUCUACAGGACAGAUUCAAAGUCCUUCCCAGCCCUCACCCCGAUGUUCCUGUUGGGAUGCUCAUGACAAGCAGUGYUUGCAGUUUUGCAGAAGAAUGCAGGACAGAAGGAGAAAUCAUGGAUCAAUGAAAAAGACAGAGGAGAAAGACCAAUGCAGGGAAGAGGAACACAAUUUCAUUCAGUAGCACAGAGUCUGGAGGAUUCUGAACAAUCAGCUUUACCAUUUCUUUGCUGGAGCUCAAAAAGAACUUAAACCACAACUCUCCCUUGAGAUGGACAA